AUGCAGUGGAAGACCACCAAAACCGUGUUGUUGUAUAAAAACGGAGAUCUACAUGACAUCGACAACUAUCGCCCAAUCUGCUUACUGUCCGUUAUGUACAAGCUCUUUACAAGAGUGAUCCUUAAUGGGAUUGAAAAAGUCUUGGAUGAAGGACAGCCAUGCGAGCAAGCAGGGUUUCGAAAAGGAUUCAGCACGAUUGACCACAUUCACACUGUUUCGAAACUCAUCGAGGUAUCAGGAGAGUACAAGGUGCCGCUCUGUCUCACCUUCAUCGACUUAAAGAAGGCCUUCGACUCAGUUGAGACGGAAGCGGUCGUGGAAGCCUUGGACAACCAAGGCGUCCCUACUCAGUACAUAACGGUAUUUGAGGUAAGAGAGUUGUACAGUAACUUCACAACCGGAAUUUCACAAUUCUACAAGAAUAUCAUCAUUGACGUGAAGAAAGGGAUCCGACAGGGUUAUACAAUCUCACCCAAAAUAUUCACAGCCACCCUCGAGAACGCAAUGCGAAAGUUGGAAUGGGACGACAUGGGAGUGAAAAACGACGGUCGGCAGCUAAACCAUUUGUGCUUCGCUGAUGACAUCGUACUGAUAACACCUAGCAUCAGCCAUGCGGAACCAAUGCUUACCGAAGUCGACGAAACAUGUGGAUGCAUCGGUCUUCAGCUGAAUCUGCAAAAGACGAUGUUCAUGCGCAACGGAUGGGUCUCGGAUGCCCCAAUCACGCUCACCGGAACGAACAUAUCCGAAUGCACCAGCUACAUUUAUUUGGGUCGGGAAUUGAACAUGAUGAACGACUUGACCCUCGAGCUGGGCAGGAGGAAACGAGCGGCUUGGGAAGCGUACAAGCGCAUCGAAGAUGUAGUGAAGACCAGGAACCCCAGACUCCGUGCUCACCUCUUCAACGCCACCGUACUUCCUGCCUUGACCUGUGCUUCGGAACCCUGA